AUGAUAACUGCCGAGGACCCGGGAUGGCGGAUUCGGGACGCCGAUCUAUUGAAAAGUUUCUCUGCCAACGGAGGCCUCUUUCUGAAGCUCACAGAAUGCCUUGACCAAGCAGCUUAUUCCGACCACUUCUCUAACCUGCUUGAGCACACCUACACACGUAGUCUUCGAACCCCCCCAAGCCCAUCCUUAGCAGCUCUGCAAGCAGACAUCAAGCACCGCUAG